AUGAUUUUUUCGGAUGAAUUCAAAGAUUUAAUCAAACAGCCAAUAUAACUGAAUUCUAGCAGAUCAAACUACUCUAAAAUAGAUAGUUUUUCUACCUUUAGAGAAUCACCAAAAAAGGCAGUCUUAAAUUAUCCAAAAGAACAAUAAACAUUAUUCUAUAAUGCUAGCUAUUUGAUGAAGUAAUCAAAUAUGAUAGGAUUAAAGAAAAGAUUACGAAUAUUCGUAAUUGUUCUAAAAUUUAUCAGAAGAUUACAAAAAGUUACUUAUGAAUCACCUUAUUAACAUAGUCUUGCAAAUUUAAAAAAAGUUAAAAAAACAACUUUGAAGCUUCCUGAAACAAUAAACGAGAAAUUCAAGACUUGGUGUUUAGGGAUAUUUUAAAAAUCAUUUUCAACAAUUCCACAAGAUCUCUUUAAUUAUUUGAGAUAACCAAAUAAUAAAAUCAAAGAGGACAAAUCUCAAUUAAUAUUGAUUAAUGCCAUAAAGUUUUUCUUUGAAAACAUGGCAUAUUUUACACAUCCAGACAUUGUAUGUGUUGAAAUUAAACAUUAUUUAUUUUCUUAACUAUUUUUAAACGAGAAGGCUUAUUUUACUGCAUUUGUAUCGUCAAGAACACCUUACAUAUCUCAUUUAAAUAAUGAAAUAACCUUAGAUUAACAAUCUAUGAUAAUUAUGGAAGUUUUACUCUUUUUUAGAUUUGCUUUUAUUCUUUUUGAAUGCUCAAGUACUAAUUAGUUUGCCAUUAUUAUGCUUAUUAGUACACUUUAAUAUUUAUUUUUUAAAAAAUUCUCUCGUUUGAAAUGUCAAUAUUAAUCUCAACAAAAUUUGAUCUAAUUAAAUAUUGAGGAAACCAAGAAUUAAAAAUAUAUUUUAAAAGUAGAUACAGUACAGGCUUCUUUAAUAAACAAUUUAAUAAUUUAAGGAACUUAUCCAACUGAAGAAGUUGAAAAACUUAUUAAUUUAAGACCAAAUUUUGAUGAAAAGAUAUCUUCAUAUUUUAAUAAGACAAUUGAGCAUUUAUAAUUAUUUCUUAUAGAUUUCUACCAAUGA